CUCGAGCACUUCCACACUCUCACGCUGCAGAGUAAAGUCACGGCAUACAACUAUUAUAUGACCCUCCAAAAGCUUACCAAUGUGACUCAAUUGAGUAAGCAAUAUGACCGCUUCAAACCCUUCUUGCAUAUGUUACGUGAAUGGCACUACCUCAAGCUCUUGAAGAGAGCAGGACGCGGGCAUAUCGCAGAUGGCAUCAGGAAUAUCAAACCGGGAGAGCUGUGUCUACAGUGUCCAGUGUGUCCGCGGCUGGGUUUCAACCUUCUGGAUAAUUAG